CUUCUACAUGCCGCAGGGUAAUAUCUGUAUAGACUCUCAGAAUCAUCCUUAUUCCUCAUAUAAUGCGCCCAACCGUUCCCUGACAUCGCCUUAACCUCUCAAUCAAAGCUUCAGUUCUUCCCACGUCAUGGCGCCAAACGUAUCGUCUUCACAGGUCAAGCUAUCCUACCCCCUCUACGCGGCCGACUUCGACCCCUUCAACCCAGAUUUCUUGCUCGUUGGUGGCGGAGGAGGCUCUUCUUCGACAGGUGUUCCGAACAAGAUAUCUCUGAUUGAUACCACGCGGCGAGAACAGCUGGCGGAAGUGGCCGACAUCGAGCUUGCGAAGAAUGAGGACUCUGUUACAAGCCUUGCGGUUUCGGACUCUUCAGCCUCUUCGCUAACAGCGUUUGCUGGCAUCAACAGCUCGAUUGCCGACCAGAAUGCAGGCAAGAACGAACACCUAAGAUCAUUUCGUAUAGGACUGCCCGCAAAGAAAAGAAAGGCAGAUGGAAGUACAGUUGAAAGCGCAGAAAAGCCCAGCACACCGCAAAGCCCACAGGCUCUGGGACGGACAGCGUUGUUCACCUCCGCAAAGCGCACCAAGAAUGAGACAUAUCAAAGGGUGUUGCGCUUCUCGCCAACCAGAAAGCCAGGUCAGCCUCGCCUGGCAGCCAUUGCAUCGGGUCUGGCUCCUGAAAACGAAAUUGUGGUCUUCAAGCCUACCCCGACGCCCUCGCAGAAGGACGAAGUCUCGCGCAUUAGUCUGGGGACGCGCGAAGCUGGAGACCUGGACAUACACGUUAAUGAUGACGAGACAGACGGGCACGUUCUCGCCUUCUGCACAGACGACGAAGUACUCAUUCAGCAACUACCCACGUCCGCGAAAACCAGCAACCCAAUAUCACUAUACCGGACAGAUGAGUCAACGACGUCCCUGCCUCCCUCAAAAAGACCCAAAUUUCGCGCCAUACGCUUCCUCACGCCUCGCCACCUGCUGCUGCUGCAGAACCGACCUGGCAGAACUGGUGCGGAUCUGCUCGUCCUUCGCAUUACCAAAGACCUCUCGCAGUCACGCAUCACGCUGCGCAAACGCCUGGACAAAUCGACCAAAGCCGCUGUCGGCCUGGAUGUUUGCUCUUUGACCUCAUCUGAGCAAGGCGAGCUGCAGACCGUCAUCGCCGUGGCCGGUCAAAGUGGUGACGCCAGCUCCGUCGAGCUCCUGACCAUCGACUACUCCAAAGAGUCGGGUCUUCUGGGCACGUUCCGACCCUACGCACUUCUGCGCAAUGUGCACAGCGGCCCACUCACCUGUCUUGUUUUCUCGAAUUUCAUCGGCCCGGCCAUGCCUAUUUCAAAGGAUACACCGCCACAAUCCAUCCGCCUAGCCUCCGUUGGUGUCGACAUGGUUGUGAAGGUGCACUACCUCCCUCUUCGCCCGCAUCCUGCCGCAUCCAACAAGUCGCCACGCUACGUCCUCAUACCACCCGGCCGCUCUGAGACCAUGCAGACCACAUUCAGCGUCUUCUUUGCGCUCGUUGUCGUUGGCCUCGUUGCGUUCCUGAUGCAAGCAUUCUGCGAGAUUCGCGGCGCUGUCCCCCCCAUGCUCGGAGCGUCAGACUGGCUGUCGCCGCGCAUGCGCGAGAUGGUCGCUCGACCUUACAUUCUCGGGGAGGGCAUGCCGUCUUUCAAGCCCUCAGAUAUACCGGUUGCAGCGCACAGCGCAGCCGAUAAAGUCAGGCAUGUUGCGGAAGACGCGCAGUCUGCAAUUUCCAACGCUGCAUCCGAUAUAAGGCGCAAGCUUGAGGACCUCGUCCAGGAGAACUCUGAGCUCGAGACGCCCAAAGCGAUCAUCGUCCGUGAGGGAGCUAGUGCGGGCGAGCUUUCCACGGAAGUCCUCGCGCAUGACGCGGAAGUGGUGAAAGCCGAGACACUUAGGAAGUGGGAGGAGCUUAGUGAGCAGCAGAAACGUAGCUGGAAGCGCAAACUUGUCGACGCGGGCUAUUGGGCUGAGAAGCAGGGUGAGAAUGUGCUCAAAGGGAUUUUCUUCUCUGAACUUGCAGGGAUGGUGGGUAACAUCGUUGCGAAUCAGUAGUCACGGAGCGUUAGACAUAUAGAAUUUUUAGGUGGUAGACUGGUUGGAGUUGCCGGCUGCAAGACACUUAAGGAGCAUGGGUUAUCGUCUUCGAGAGAGCUAUUCAAAUGAGCUCCUGUUUGUUCUUUGCCACGCCUC